AUAAGAAUAUGAAUAUGUCCAAUUUGGGUUUUUUGGAGGAGAAAAUUAUAGGAAGUGUGGUGGAUGUUUUUCUGCUGGCAAAAUAACCCACUGGGUUCAAAGGAUUUGGUGCGGUAGUAAUAAAACUGGUCCUAUCAUUAAGUAUAGUGUCAGCGUUUUUUCCGCUCUUAAACGGCAUUUACUGCGUAUUAAUACGCGAUUGAAGAUGCCGGAAUUUACUGCACAUCAGUCCUCACGCAGCAUUCUAUUUCGUCCGACAGUCAAAUCAAUUUUCCUGUCGAUCAUAUUGUUAGGCCUCAUCAUUACAACAUCAGCCACCGCGAAUGUCCGCCGUCUGAAACGACCAAGAACAAGUAAUGAUAGGCCUACUUCUGAUCCCAAGACGCUUCCGGCGGGUUUGGCUCCUCUUAAUAGUUUGCCAUUCAACUGUGAUAAAUGGAUACAUCGAAGUAAAACCACCAAACCUGUUGUAAUUGACUGUUGUUUCACUCGAAAGAAUGCACCUUGCGGCACCAGCACCAGUGCCGUCUACGAAGUCUCUUGCAAUCGAAAUCUUGGACUCAACAAGCUCCAGAAAAGUUCGUACCAAGUCUGUCACGACCGCAGCAACGACAAUACUCUCUACUCGGUCAAUACGCUGCAACAUCACACAAAAUUGGCGGCACUUUCAAAUCAUGUGAGGCAGCAGACUAAAAAAUCCACUAUGGCUUGGCGCAGGGGACCCAAACAGCUCUUCUACACCUGGAAUUCCAAAUCGAAAUCACUCAUCGACCAUUCUUACAAGGAAAUAGGACAAGUGAAGAAUCUCAAAAAGAUCCUGAACUUGACGAGCGUGGCCAAUUACAUCGGCGCCUCGGCGGACACCCGAAACGCAUAUUCUAUCUUGCCAAAGGCCAUUUGAGCGCUAGGGCCGACAGCGACACGCCCAACAUUGUAUGGGAGACGUCGACCUAUUAUUACGUCAACUCGGCACCGCAAUGGCAGUCGAUCAAUCAGGGCAAUUGGUAUCAGCUCGAAAAAGCUGUUCGGGAAUUCAGACAAACUCGUAAGAAUACUUUGGUCAUCAUCACAGGAACUUAUGGAACAUUCACGUUGCCCGACUUAAACAACAACCAACAGGAGAUCCACAUGAUCACCGAUCAAAACGGCAAAGGACAUGUACCGGUGCCAAAGUAUUUCUGGAAGAUAGUCUGGGACGAAAAGGUCGGCCGGGCGACGGCCUUCAUCGGAAUUAACAAUCCCUACUUGGGCAAAAUCGAUCCUGGGAAUCUGG